GUCCCACCCGAUGCUCCCACCCCCAGCGCGUGCACGCGCGCGCGUGGAAACACACACACACACACACACACACACACACACACACACACAAAACCAUUCAGGCAGCUGCUGAUUGGCUGAGGAGAACGGCGUCCGGACCGGGGUUCUGAGGCGGGAGCUGAGCGGUCCUAGGAGGGAGGUGCACACUCCCGCUGCUAGAGCCCCUCCCGCGUCCCCCAAGCCCUGCUGGAGAGAGGAGCAGCCGAUCCAGGAAGGCAGGUGCGGAGCCAGCUGAGGAUACCGGCCAGGGCUGCUAGCGGUUCCCGCCGGGUGGCGAUCCUGGAUCCUGCCCCAGCUGCUGCCUAGUCCCCACCCGCUUGGCAGCUGCGCCGAGCUCAGCCCGGCGAGGGGCGCGCUCAUGGAGCACACGCACGCCCACCUCACCGCCAACAGCUCGGCUUGCGGCUUGGGCUUCGUGCCGGUGGUCUACUACAGCUUUUUGCUGUGCCUCGGAUUACCAGCAAAUAUCUUGACAGUCAUCAUCCUUUCUCAACUAGUGGCCAGGAGGCAGAAGUCCUCCUACAACUAUCUCCUGGCACUUGCUGCUGCUGACAUCCUGGUCCUCUUUUUCAUCGUUUUUGUGGAUUUCCUAUUAGAAGAUUUCAUUUUGAGUGUGCAAAUGCCUCCGAUCCCUGACAAGAUUAUAGAAGUUCUGGAGUUCUCCUCCAUCCACACCUCCAUUUGGAUUACGGUCCCCUUGACUGUUGACAGGUAUAUAGCUGUCUGUCACCCACUCAAAUACCACACAGUUUCCUACCCAGCCAGGACCCGAAAAGUCAUUGUGAGUGUUUACAUCACCUGCUUCCUGACCAGCAUUCCCUACUACUGGUGGCCUAAUAUCUGGACUGAAAACUAUACCAGCACCUCCAUGCAUCAUGUCCUUGUCUGGAUCCACUGCUUCACCGUGUACCUGGUGCCCUGCUCCAUCUUCUUCAUCUUGAACUCAAUCAUUGUCUACAAGCUCAGGAGGAAGAGCAGUUUCCGCCUCCGUGGCUAUUCCACAGGGAAGACCACUGCCAUCUUGUUCACCAUCACCUCCAUCUUUGCCACGCUCUGGGCCCCCCGCAUCAUCAUGAUCCUCUAUCACCUCUAUGGAUCACCCAUCCAGAACCCUUGGCUGGUUCACAUCAUGCUGGAUGUCGCCAACAUGCUGGCCCUUCUUAACACAGCCAUCAACUUCUUCCUCUAUUGCUUCAUCAGCAAGCGGUUCCGAACCAUGGCAGCUGCUACACUCAAGGCCUUGUUCAAGUGCCAGAAGCAGCCUGUACAGUUCUACACCAACCAUAACUUUUCCAUAACAAGUAGUCCCUGGAUCUCACCAGCAAACUCACACUGCAUCAAGAUGCUGGUGUACCAGUACGACAAACAUGGAAAGCCUAUAAAAGUAUCCCCGUGACCCCCAUAGGGCUGGCACUUGUGCCUCUGUGUAAUCUGUUUCCAGAUGAGAGGGUGUCCCAUGCUCUGGCUGAACAGCUCUCCUUUAAGAGUGCUAACCUGAUUUCCUCUCUCCACAGACUGAGCAGCUCUCAGGCUGGCAGAUGAGAAGAGAGAAAAGAGAAGAAAGAAAAGAAUGAAUCUUGUUUUCCUUUAUGCACUUCUUUUCACAAAAUCAUACCGACAGCCAAAGUUCCUGCUGUCUUAAAGAUGCCAUUGGGUUAUAAAUGCCAUCAUACUGUGACCAAUAAAGACCACAGUAGAGAAGUAGUUAGUGCUGGUACCAUCUACAGCUACUGGGAACCAACCUCUCAAGUGUGUGUCCACCAAGCCACAACAGUGUGCAGCUGAGCCACACUCUUCUUCCAAUAGUUGAGGUCAUCCAUCAUUUCCCUGUACCAUUUCCAGAAGCUAACAAGGCUGACUGGUUUGGGGUUCUUUUUUCCAAGAUACCCUUUUUCUUAGACAGGGUUUUGGUCUCCAAGUGGCCCUAGCAACUCUGGCUACAGAAUGACAGCAUGGGGAAAGGGAAGUAUCAAAUACCAUCCAAACUGUUACUGGAAUGUCUAUGGAGAGACUCCAAACAAACAUGACUUUGUUUCUUAGAUCUGAGUCUAAGGUAUAGUUUUCUAUUUGCCAUAAUGUAUAGAUUUUAUGUCUCCUCUAAAACAAAACCCCUGCCUGGUGUGUAGGGACUAGAAGGAGUUCUUGAGCCCAGAAAAACAAAAAAAUCAAGCCCACUCUUGCAACUGUUUCAAUUCAUCCCUGUGUGAGCUGUACACGAUCCUUGCAUUCAAAAUCACUUCUUGCUGUGGCACUGCACACACUUCCUGGAGAUGCCUUCUAUGUGUCAAGUUGUUAGCCCUGCGUCCUUGCUUGCUCAAGCCCUCACCAAAUGCUUCCAAUGAAGUGACAUCUAAAAUGGAAAUAAUAGAAGUUGCAGUUAUUCUGGUAAGAAGAGAUGCCUAGGUCCCACCACAGCCCAGCUGGCAUGGCCAAUUAAGACCCUAAGUAAGACACAACUAUCAGAGGGGUAGUUGUGCUAACCACUGGUCUGUCCUUUCAUGUAAGUGACUCAAUUAGGUAGUGCCUGUUAUCAGUAAAGAUGUUUAACUCAGAUGCUUCAAAGGUGAUAAAAUUUAUUUAUUAUUCUCCCCUUGCCUGUUCAUUAUAAGAACAAAUCUAGGAUGCAGUAGAUAGGGGCUUCCCUGAGAAUUACUGUGUGUGUGUGCAGACAUAGAAGGUACACAGAUAGACAUGACUAUAUUGAACUGGGCCUGUGGUGUGCUUUAAAGAGGAUAUCCAUGCUAGAAUACCUAUUAUUUUGCAUUUUAUUUCUGCCUCUAUUCCAGAUUCUCAGUAUUUGUACCCAUUCCUGAUUUGGAAGAAAUUUUCCAAAAUAAUUUUUGAAACUGCAUGAUAGUUUUGAUGAUAAAACUAAACAUAGUCACCUGGAACACUUGGUUCCAUAGGCUUGAUCUUUAUUGUAUUUUCUCCCUAAAUUGGAAGGUGUGCUCUGUCAUCAUAGGGGUUUCUGCAGCAAAAGAAUGGGAUGGAAAGGGUCCUGGGGCAACACAAGUGCUAAGCUUAGACCAAGGCCCUUCAAUACUAACUUGGUGUACUUUGGGAUUGUAUCGUUCCUGAUGGCAUCCGUUCUUAUCCCUGUUAAAUGACUUAUGGGAGUGUCUCACCGGACCCAAUGGUUAGACUCUGAAGUCAAUGCAAAGGAGAAUGACCUAUGGGGCCUUGGUUCCUGUGCAUAGUCCCUCAAGAGAGAGAACCUUUGAACACACAAGAAGCUACAUUUUCCUCCAGUCUUGGGACAAGCUGCUGAUACUUUGGUUGGAGAUAGUAGAGUCAGUUGGCGUUUAGGGAAUGUGUUGUAUUAUUGUGAUGUGUCUGAGAACACCAGGACCCAGGUACUGCAAGUCAUUACCACUGAAAAGUUUGCAGAAGUUAUUCAUGUGAGGGAUAAGCAGAGCCCUUGCUCCCAUCUCACUUGCUCCCCAGAGCAUAUGCUCAACGAGUGAAAUGUGAGCAAAAUUCCCCACACCUCUUGAAUUGCAUUUCUUUCUUUCUCCCCCAAAGCAUGUACAAUGAAUGUAUGUUUGUUAGCUAUGUGUAUGACACAAUUCCACUGCAUCCCCUACAAGUAAACAUUGACCAAAGGCUACCUAUGCUGAAUAUAUAUUAUAUAUGUGUGUGUUUAUUUAUUUUUAAAAAUGUAUAUCUCUGAAAAUGUUAGUUUGAGCUAUACAUAAGCAAUUCAAAGUGCAAUAUCUGUAAAGGUUAAGCAAUUCCUUUUUGAAGAUGUACAAAGGAUGGAGAGCAAGCCUGACUCUCAGUGCUGUCUGCUCUGUGUUUUAAUUGUAACUAAAAUAGUUAAUUAUUUAAAAGCUGGGUGUAGCUUGGGAAUGCUUUCCCCUGACACCCAUUUAUUACUUUUCGUAACAGUAGAGGUUCUACCAGGUAGUAUGGCAGCAUCUCUCUUAUCUGACUACAUUUUCUAUUCUCUAAGAAAUCCUUUAAGUUAAUCCAUGAAAGCACUCCAGAGAGUUGCUGCAUCUUCUGUUUAAAAUGCACAUGGAUACCCUUUUGGUUUAGGCUGAUAUAAAUAAAUAUACAUAUAAUUAGCCUAAUCCAAAGUUUAAGAUUACAGAAGGAGCAUUCAUUUAUUAUUGACAAUAAUAAUAAUGGACAAUGACGAAGUUUUUAACUUUAAAAUUGUAACCCUUUUCAUUCGGGCCGGGUUUGGAUAUGAAGCCUUGAAUAUUGAAGCUUGUCACAUAAACAGCUGCUGCUAAGGGCAAACACCUUAGCCUGGGUUUUUGUGGUGCUUCUUUCAAAGACUGUUCACCAUCACCUCCAUUGCUGUAUGAUUGGUGUCGUUGUACAUGGUGGCAGUGCAAUACAUGUGCAUGCCAAGUCUUUUUCUUAGCAAAUGGAAGCCUGCAGAAGGAAAUGAGGGGCACAGCAAACCAUAAAAGGUAAGCCAUGUGAAGGCAUGAACAUCCAUGUUCCAAACACCUUGCAAUAGAAAGAGUUAUUUUGCACAGCUGGUGCCUACUUGUCCAAAAUGGGGAGCCCUUUGAACGUGCAUUAAGGACUCUAAUAGUGACUACUACUGCUCAAAAGUAGAACAGGAGGCUACCACUGAAAAAUAGGAAAUGUUCAUAUUUUCUUAACUAGAUAAUAUAUUGUGUUUGGACUAGUUUGUAUUCUAAUAAAUUCUAACAUGGUGCGCAUUUGGUGUUUGCUGUUUGCAUAUAUGUUUAAUCAACUGCAGAAUGCUGGUUUUUAUUCAUAUAAUUUUAAUUGAUAAAUCAUAAUUGUAUACAUUUAUGGGGUGCAAUGUGGUGUUUUGAUAUAUGUAUUAAAUGUGUAAUGAUUAAAUCAAGCAAAUUAA